AUGGCAACACCAACACCAACACCAAAUGGAAUUGCACAACGUUACAAAGAGCAAAAGGUUGUUUCACGCGCAAUCGAGAAGCAACUAAAGUCUGAGAAGCGUGUAUUGGCAACCGAAUUGAAGCUUUUGUUGCUUGGAACCGGUGACUCUGGAAAGAGUACCAUCGUCAAACAAAUGAAGAUCUUGCACAUGAAGGGAUACUCCCAAGAGGAUCGUCUCAACCAUCGAUCACUCAUCAACCGUAACAUCCUUGAGAUUUUCAACUCUCUCAUCGAUGGUUGUUCAAUUUUAAAUUUACAGAUCGCUCCAAAAUAUGAAGCAAUAUGUGAUAAAAUUUCAGAUAUGUAUUUAGGUAGAAAGUAUCAACAUUUGGAUAAACAAAUUUGGGAGGAUUUGGAAGCGUUGAGCAAAGAUGAAGCCAUCAAAACAGCAUUGAUAAGCAGUGGAUCGAAAUUCCAAAUUCAUUCAUCAGCCGAAUACUUUUUGGCUUCCAUCGGAAAAUUUUCUGAUUCAAACUAUAUACCAACUGAUCAAGAUAUUUUGUGGACACGUGUAUCUACAACUUCGAUUACAGAAACCAGAUUCAGUGUUAAAGGAAUUAAUUUUAGAAUGAUAGAUGUCGGUGGACAACGUGGCCACCGUGACAAGUGGAUUCACUACUUUGAGGAUGUCACUGCCAUUCUCUUUGUGGUGUCACUCAGCGAGUACGAUCAAGUGUUGGAAGAGGAUUCCACUGCCAAUCGUAUGACCGAAUCAAUUAAAGUAUUCAACGACACCAUCAACUUGAAGUGGUUCUCCGAAGUACCCAUCAUUCUUUUCCUCAACAAACGCGAUCUCUUCAGUGAGAAAAUCAAACGUACCAACCUAAAUGUCUGUUUCAGCGAUUACCAAGGUCCAUCGACCUACGAAGACGGACUCAAUUUCAUUAGAAAGAAACUGUUAGCUUGUAAUAAAUCAAAGAGCAUAUAUACUCAUGUAACUGCGGCAACUGAUACAUCAAAUAUUAGUGCUGUUUUCGACGCUGUAAAAGAUAUCCUAACACGACAAACAAUGGAAGAUGGUGGAAUCUAA